ACAAUUUUUUUUUACAUUUAUAUCCGAACAGUCUGUGUGUCAGAAGCCUUAUUCUAACGCUCCGCUCUUAUUUUGACAGUCAGAACCGGUAGUCGUCUCUGGUUGCCGGGUUCCCCCGUUCCUCCCUCCUGUCGGUACAGAGUGUCUCCGGUCGGUAGCCUACUUACGGUGUCCUGUCCUCCCGUUAACAUGCCUUUCCUUGAGCUGCGGACGAACUUACCUGCGGGCUCGUUCUCGGAGGAUUUCGUGAAGAAAUUCAGCGCGUGCGCCGCCGCCGCUUUGGGGAAACCUGAUGACAGGAUGAACGUGGUCGUGCAGCCCGGCUGUCCCAUGCUGAUCUCUGGCUCCUCCUCUCCGUGUGUGAUGCUGUCGGUGUCUGCCAUUGGUGUGACUGACACAGCUGACAAGAACAAGGAGCACAGCGCCAAGAUCUUUGAGUUCCUGACCAGAGAACUCGGCCUGACCGAGGACAGGAUCGUGAUCGUGUUCCACGCUCUGCAGCCUCACCAGGUCGGCAAGAAGGGGACGGUCAUGAGCUUCCUGUGAAGGACGGCGGCAUUCCAGACAUUGCCUUACACUCACAUUCCUACAGACAGACGAGAGGAAGAAGAAAUGAAUCAGUGUUCAUCACUUUAUGAAGUAAAUGAAUCUACAGAGCUCUUGUUUUCAGCACAGUUCACACAUGAUGUUAAUGAGAUCUAUUUUUAAUGAUUAAAGACCAGACUGAUUUAUUUUAACGCACUCUGAGUUUUACUCUCGUGUCCGUCUUUGAGUAUUAUUAAUGUAGCUGAAGUAUUUUACAUCAAUGACAUCUCUUUCAUUGAAACCUUUCCAGGUAAAGUGAAGAACAACAAGGUAAAAGAAAAAGUAAAAAGUCUUCAAUGUGUCAUCAAAUCAUUUAAUGUUAAAUACAUGUCAUGAAGGGAAAAUCUCCAAACGGCCUGUUUGAGCACACAUUUUCUGAAAAGUGGAGCAGGCAAAUGGAUGGAGAAGAUGAACUUUUCUCAUUACUGGGGGGUUUGUAGAUGAACUAGAAACACAUGUUAGUGUUAGAAAAACAAGGUUAAGUGUAUUUAGCAUAAUAUGUGACUCGUAUAAUACAGUAACAGAAACAUAAUUAAAGGUUGGAGAUAUGAAUGAAGCUCAGAUAGAUAUGACUUGUAUUAUACAAAUAAAAUA